UUUCCGGGAGGAGAGGCCAGGUGCGCGGCAGGUGCGGUCGCGGCGCAGCUCGCAGCGCCCAGCGGCAGAGACCCCAGCCUCAUGGCCAGCCCCCGGGAGCCCAGGGCGGGGGAGGCCCAGGAGGAGGAAGUGGAGGCAGAGGGGGGCUCCGCGGGGCCACAGGCGGCCGUGCUGGCCCAGGCCCAGGAGCUCUUCCUGCUGUGUGACAAGGAGGCCAAGGGCUUCAUCACCCGGCACGACCUGCAGGGCUUGCAGAGCGACCUGCUCCUCACACCGGAACAGCUGGAGGCUGUGUUCGAAAGCCUGGACCAGGCACACACGGGCUUCCUCACUGCCCGAGAGUUCUGCCUCGGCCUGGGGAAGUUUGUGGGGGUGGAGUCGGCGCAGGGCACGCUGCCCUCCCGGGCUUCCGAGGAAACCUUUGAGUCGGGCUGGUCCGAGGUGCAAGGCCCCGGGGGGUCCCUGGAGGAGGAGGAGGAGGAGGAAGAGAGAUUCUUCUCUGCACUGGAGCAGCUCGGGGUGGCCCGGGUGCUGAGCGAGCAGCGGGCCGCACGGACGCUCUGGACGCGGCUGCAGCACGAGCGGCCCGAGCUGCUGGGAUACUUCGAGGACGUUCUGAUUCGAGCGUCCGCCUGCCUGGAGGAGGCGGCCCGAGAGCGGGACGGCCUGGAGCAGGCGCUGCGGCGGCGGGAGAGCGAACACGAGAGGGAGGUGCGCUGCCUCUACGAGGAGACGGAGCAGCAGCUGCGCGAGCAGCGCCAGCGCCUGCGGAGUCAG